AUGGGCAGUACAUUACCACCCGUACAGGUUGAGGGCGGUCUCAUUCAGGGACUUCCCAGCCUCCUUGACCCUGGGAUCACAAUAUACAAAGGCAUCCCCUACGCGGCUCCUCCUACUGGAGCCAAUCGAUUCAAGCCACCUCAGCCCAUUCUUCCCUGGGACGAUGUCAGAGUAUGCGAUACUAUCGGCCCGGUGUGCCCCCAAGCACCACCCGAUCCACGCUACCCCAAUGUCUUGAAAGGCCACCCCCAGUCGGAAGACUGCCUGUACCUCAACGUCUACCAGCCUAGCAAUGAUCUGGAUACAAAGAGACCGUACCCCGUUUAUGUCUGGUAUCAUGGUGGUGGAUUUCGCGAGGGCGGCAGCGCGGACCCCAACUUCGACGGGACUGGACUGGCGCAAAAGGGAGUCAUCGUCGUGGUGCCCUCCUUCCGACUGUGUAACGCCGAGUCGCCGUCCGGAACGUCCGGGAUGGUCGGGAUGCUGGACGCGGUGGAGGUACUGAAGUGGGUGCGAUCGAACAUCUCCGUCUUCGGCGGCAAUCCCAACCAGGUCACUGUCGGCGGGCAGUCGGCUGGAAAUGCAAUGAGCCACACUCUCCUGUCCUCUCCAUUGGCGAAAGGGCUUCUUCACGGCGUGAUCCUGCAAUCCGGGCCCCGCUCGUUCCAGGAGCCUGCCCUCGCCAACGGACCCAUGUCCUACCGAACCCUCCAGGAAGCCGAGGAAGACGGUGUGCAACUUCUCCGCGAGCUCGGCAUCAAGAGUGUCGACGAGUUUCGGAGAUUCGACGAUUUGGACAAGUUACGCGAAGUCUCAACCAAACGCGACCGGCGAUACUGGGGACCUCCCCCCUUGUUCCGCCUAAUCCUCGACGGCUACGUGAUCCCCAAGCCCUGGAAUGAGAUCCACGCGGGUGAACCACCCAACGACGUCCCCGUCAUGGCGGGCAUGAAUAGCGAGGAAGGGGGCACCUACAACGAGCCGCGCUUCACCUACGAGGACUUUCUCGACUGCGUGGAGGGUCGUCUCGGUCCCAACUCGACGUACGGUAGGGGUAACCCCGCCUACGUCGAGCGGUUCCACGAACUCUACCCCCUACGCAACCGGGAAACCGGCCAGGGUCCGUUGGAAACAUGGAACCAGGCCGCUCGGGACAACACGCGCAACAACAUCGCCCUCUGGGCGCAGGAGUAUCACCAGAAGACUCGAUCCGCGGUGUAUGGCUACUACUUCACCCACCCCAUCACCCCGUGGCGCAACUGGCAGCCGGAUCACUCCCAGCCCAAAGUUCCGGGGUUCACCAACCAGAAGGGUCCGGUCGGGGGCGCGUAUCACGGGGCCGAGUUCGCCUACACGUUCAACAGUUUGAUCACGAACGACCUCCGCCCAUGGACGGAGACGGAUCGGCUGAUCGGCGACAAGGUCUCGACCCUGUGGGCCAAUUUUAUUAAAUACGGCAAUCCGAACGGCUCGCAGGGUGCGUCUUCUCGUCUGGAGGGUGUGGCGGAGUGGCCGAGUCUCGUGGAUCAACCGGACACUCUGCUCGAGUUGGGCGGCGAGUGGCAGACGAUCAAAACGGUGGACGACCCAGCGCGCGCGAGCUUCUGGACGGACUACAUUCGCGCUCAGAGGGCUUGGUGA